UUUAUAAAAUAUCAUAAAAAAUUUUCCGGUUAAAUACUAAUUUUUUAAAUUUAAAUAAAUAUAAAAUUAAAAUAAAUUUGAUAAUGUCAAUUCAAGCUGCACAAGAUACAUUGUUACAAGCAUUGCAAAUUAUUCCAAAUCAAGAGUAUUUAUUGCAGGGUUCAAUAUUAGAUUCAGGUGUUGAAGCUUUACUUCAUAGGUUGAAAGGUUUAUGUGAUAAUGUGGAUACUGGACCUGAAGCAUUUCAUGACCAUGAAAUAUGUUUAUCAUUAAGAUCGCCAAAUAAUCAAGCGAUUCCAUUGUCAUUACGUGUUCGUAGAGCAUUAGAUGGAGAAGCUCCAUAUCAAUUACGUUACAUUGGUCAAGCUGAAAUUGGUACACGUCCGACAUUAGUUCGUUCAAGUAUUGAUGUUGGUUGUACAUCAACAGUAUUAGAAUUUCUAACAGAAUUAGGAUGUCGUAUAGAAUUUGAAUAUGUAAAUCGUGGUUAUAUGUUUCGAAAGGGUCGCAUGAAAAUUACAGUAUCAAAAAUAUUUAAAACAACUGAACCUGGAAAAUUUAGUACUGAAGCAAUUUCAAAUAGUUAUCUUGUUGAACUUUCUGUAUUAGCUCCAAGUGGCCAAGAUCAAAUUGGUGAGGAAAUGAAAACAUUUGCAGAACAACUAAAACCAUUGGUACAAUUAGAAAAAAUAGAUUAUAAAAGAUUGGGUUCAUUACCUUAAUAAAUAUUUUAAUGAAAUAUAAAUGAACUAUUAAUAUUAGUACCUAAAAAUAUACAUAAUUUAAAUUUUAAUUAAAAGAUUAAAUUCAUAUUAAAUUUAAUACAAAUUUAAUAAUAUAAUAUUAUAAAAAUAAGAUAU